UAUCUAUCCUACGCCAUCACAUCCCACCUGAAGCUCCUCUUAAAGAAAAUUACCGUUCCUGACUCGAAUCCAAGCUUAUCUAUCACUCGUCAUCGAACGUCAUCACGAUUUCGACAAGCAAUUGACUUCAUCUCGAACCUUGCGACUUCACCACUUGCACUGAUUUUUUGCAAGCAAUCCUAAAACAACUACCAUGUCUCAUCAAGUUAAUGGCGACGUGAGCGCUGCUCAGUAUUCUGCUUUCGUCCAGCAUCUCCUCAACUACCCUGUCAUUAGCGACGGCGUCCACUCCUUCAAGUCCAACGAAUUCGGCCAGCGCUCCAUCAAGCUCACCGACGCUGCUUACCAGACCUUCGCCGCUCCCGUCGUCCCCUACUUCGCCAAGCCCUACCAAUAUGUCUCUCCCUAUGUCCAGAAGGUCGACUCCCUAGGCGACAAGACCCUCGACCGUAUCGAUGAGAAGUUCCCCGUCGUCAAGAAGCCCACCGAUGAACUCUACCAAGAUACCCGUGCUCUCAUCCUCUUCCCAAUUCAGAAGGGUCUUGAGGGUAAGGACCACGUCUUCCAGGUCUACAACUCUGAGAUUAAGAAGGUCGAGCAAGGAGGCCUCGUCGCGCACGGAAAAGCUGCCGUUACCACCGUCCUCGUCGUCAGCAACGAGACACUCUCUUGGUUGAGCUCUUUCCUGCACCAGAAGAAGGCCGAGACCACCACUGCCGUCAACGAGAAGAUUAACCAGUAAACGCCUCACUCAAUGACCAUGGCACCACGAGCGUGAUGACUGUCCUCAGCUGAACCAUACCUAUACCCCUCCCUGUUUUCCUUUUACUCAGAAUAAUUUCUUGAAACC